ACAGAGAAGCAAUAUACCUACAAAUAGAUAGUUAUCUCUACACUAUAUAUACCAUCUCUACAGACAUACGGAGACCCUGAAAACAGGGAGAGAGAAGAUGGUGGAUGAUUUUAUGGUUUGUAUUGACAGGAUCAUAGCAACGGCUUGCUUUGAGUCAGUCAAUAAUGGGGGAAGAGGAACAGAGGGAGACUGUGAGAGACAGUCUGGAAGAAAUGUUGAGGCCAAAACAGCUGACAGUGUUGUUUCCGUGAAGAAGAACAGUGAGGGGGAAGAAGGGUGUUCUUCGAACAAGGUGAUGACAGAGAUGAACGAGUGCAGGAUAUGCCAGGAGGAAGCUGAUACCCGUGAAAUGGAGGCUCCCUGCGCCUGUAAUGGCACUCUCAAGUUUGCUCAUAGGAAAUGCAUUCAGAGGUGGUGCAAUAAGAAAGGUGACAUAACUUGUGAAAUCUGCAAACAGGUUUUUUCUCCAAAUUAUUCUCUUCCUCCAGCUAGAAGCAAUCCCGAUGUGAUGGCAAUUGAUAUAAGGCAAGCAUGGGGCUCUCAUGUGGAUCUCCGUGAUUCACGUCUUCUAGUGCUAACUGCAUCUGAGAGCCAGCUACUACAAUCGGAAUAUGAGGAUUAUGUUGCUGUAAAUUCUGGUAGCCUUGCCUGCCUCCGUGCUGUUGCUCUCAUUUUGCUGAUAAUUUUGCUUGUACACCAAUUCCUUUUGGUGACUAGAGAUUCUAGCAUGGUCCAGGAGUCUUCAGCAUUCUAUAAUUUCCAGGUUUCAUUUCUUCAAUUUGCUGGCUUUCUUCUUCCAUGCUAUGUGAUGGCUCGCACAUGGUACUUGCAAAGUCGAAGGAGGAGACAGGGUUGACUUCCCAGCAUCAUGAAUCUCCUGCAAAUUAAUCCGACAGGACAUCUUGGCUUUCAAUGGAUUUAAGCAAGUUCUGAAUAUACAAAUGCAUUAUCUUGGCUUUGAAAUUAUGAGUUUGUAAGGGUUUCAAUGUUAAAUUCGAUGAUCAUUUCAUGCUCCUCAAUCUUGGAAACUCGUUAUCUCGUAUUAAUGUAUUAUCAUACAUCCAUGUUGAUUUGUCACAGCUCCCAGUCCCACCAGACCUAGUUCAAGUCUACACUGCACUUCUACACAAUACAAAGGCCCUUUUGGGUUGGGUUGAUUUUACCAGUUCAUUCAUCAGGGAGUGAUUGGGAAAGGUUGGUUGCUUUGUAUGUGGCCUUCUGGACCUCCGAAACUUUUGAAAAUACAAAAGCUUUGUUCCCUUUGUGGCCUGAUAAAUAUUGCACUAGUAUCCAAAGCCUACAGGUGCCCUUUCAUCUGUAUUUGUUCACAAGAGAUGAGUUUAGGUAUAUCAAAAUAGUGUGUUUCGUGUUUUAUGGUUCCGAACAAUAAGAUAUGAAUUAUUAG